AUGCGUGCUUCAAUGCUUCCAACCAUCUUAGCAGUACCGGGUGCAUGGCACACAGUCGAGUCAUUCGACGCAGUGAAGAAGAUCUUUACAGAACGCAACUAUGACUUUGUCAGCCAGAAUGCACCUGGGGUAGUUGACGCCAACGCCACUGUAACAGGGGAUGCUGCCUCACUGCGAACAAAUCUGCUCGAACCUCUCGUCGAGGCCGGUAAAGAUGUUAUCGUCAUGAUGCAUUCUUACGGCGGCAUGUAUGGCUCGCAAGCCGUUCAAGGACUGAGCAAACGGGAAAGAAAACAGUCAGGGAAACAAGGAGGUGUUGUUUCGCUUGUCUACGUUUCGGCCGUGACACCUCUCGAGGGCCAGUCUACGCUGGAUAUGAUGGGCACUGAUGCGCAACAUCUGCCGGCCUGGGCCGAUCACGACGAAAACACAGGCUUCGUCACCUUCACAGGCGCAAAAGAAGUAAUGUACCACGACAUUCCCGAUGAUGUCGCAGCGCAUUACAUUUCUCUACUUCAGCCUCAAUCGCUGAACAGCAUCAACACUCCAGUGACAUACUCUCCCCUUACAGAUCCCAACUUCGAGGGCACGGCGGGUUACGUUCUUUGUGGGGCGGACCGUGUUGUUCCUUUAGCUGGCCAGGAGCAGUAUGCCGCAAUAGGGGGCAUUAAGCGGACCGUCCUGGUCGAUCAGGCCAGCCACGCAUUCUUCGCUACUGCGCCUAAUGAUACAGUCAGUGCUGUGCUUGAGCUUUCACAAAUCUGA